UCCCGCGGAGCCCGGAUGAAGGGUAACGCCAUUACCGCCCGAGCCGCCGAGAGCCCGAGCGGACUCGCUGUGGACGCUGACCGGCCGCACCAUGAGACUCCUCCCCCGCCUGCUGCUGCUGUUCCUGCUGGCCUUCCCCGCCGCCGUGCUGCUCCGCGGCGGUCCCGGAGGGUCAUUAGCAGUGGCUCAAGAUCUUACAGAAGAUGAAGAAACAGUGGAAGAUUCGAUAAUUGAAGAUGAAGAUGACGAAGCUGAGGUUGAGGAAGAUGAACCCACCGAUUUGGCAGAAGACAAAGAAGAAGAAGAUGUGUCUGGUGAACCGGAAGCUUCACCGAGUGCAGACACAACUAUCUUAUUUGUAAAAGGAGAAGAUUUUCCAGCAAACAACAUCGUGAAGUUCCUGGUAGGCUUUACAAACAAGGGGACAGAAGAUUUUAUUGUUGAAUCGCUAGAUGCCUCAUUUCGUUAUCCUCAGGACUACCAGUUUUACAUCCAGAAUUUCACAGCUCUUCCUCUGAACACUAUAGUGCCACCCCAGAGACAGGCGACUUUUGAGUAUUCCUUCAUUCCUGCAGAGCCCAUGGGGGGACGGCCUUUUGGUCUGGUCAUCAAUCUGAACUACAAAGAUUUGAACGGCAAUGUAUUCCAGGAUGCUGUCUUCAAUCAGACAGUUACAGUGAUUGAAAGAGAGGACGGGUUAGAUGGAGAAACAAUUUUUAUGUAUAUGUUCCUUGCUGGUCUUGGGCUUCUGGUUGUUGUUGGCCUUCAUCAGCUCCUAGAAUCUAGAAAGCGCAAGAGACCCAUACAGAAAGUAGAAAUGGGCACGUCAAGUCAAAAUGAUGUUGACAUGAGCUGGAUUCCUCAGGAAACUUUGAAUCAGAUCAUGCAGAGUAGAAGAGAUAAAGCUUCUCCAAGAAGGCUGCCCAGGAAGCGGGCACAGAAGAGAUCGGUGGGAUCUGAUGAGUAAAUGUUCUUUGUGCAACAAUUCAGUCUGUGCUUCCCCUGCCCUAAUGUUUUUCGGCCUGAUGGGAAUUAGUGCAGAGAAGCCAUAUCACCAUAGGAGGCAACUACUGCUUAUGUGUGGACUGAGCAAUCAGAGUCUGUGGCGAUAAUAUUGUGAAAAUGCACUGCAUUCAUUUUUCUAAAGUAACAAAUUUGGUUUUUUUGGUUUUGUUUUUUUUUUUAAACAUUAAACUGUGUGGGUGUGAAUGUCUGAGCAGUUGUCUUACCAGAAUCAUUGUUAAACUACCUGAACCACGCCUUUAGAAUAUUCAGCAAAACGCUGGUGCCGCUUCCCUUGUGGUAUUUUCUGAGUUUUGCCCCCAAGCUCAAUUCAUAUUUGUUGUCAGUGUGGUUCUAGAUGUUCUGCCGUGGAUCAUUUUGAGCAAAUAAUUGGUUUAUUUCUUGGAAUUGAUCAAGCUGACAGCACAAACUGGCCUUUUGCUUGCUGUCUGCUACAGCUUAUAUUCUAAAGGUACAAGCAGGAGGGACUGCUCCCUGAGCAGCGGAGGCAUGCUGGGUAUCUGCUGCUCUUUACUGUGUGCGCACCUUCAGGAACUCACCAGUGGAGUCAAGGAAGUUUGGAAUCUCUAGCAACAAAAUGUGAAACCUGACAGUUCUAUUGAUGUUGGUAUAUAAAUCCUAAUUUUACACCUGUUUUCCUUUUUGGUUUCUUUUCUUUCUUUCUUUUUUUUUUUUUUAACAAAAGUAGUUUGCGCAAACUGGGUUGUUGUGUUGUCUGUUGUUCCUGUGACCUGGGGGAGCUCUGGAGUGGCCUCCUUUCUUUGCCUCUUUGCUUGUUGUUGGCUUUCAGCAGUGCAUUUUGUUCUUAGAAACAAUUUAAGAAAACUUGUCAUGGUUUACAGACCAAGGGGAUCAAAUUUUAGGGGCAGAGAUACAUUUUGGUUAAUCCUAACCUACAAAAACAUUAGCUGGAAACUUUUAAAGUAGUUACAAGAUUUAUCUUUGGCCUGAUCUUUUGGGUUUUUUGAUUGUUGACCUACUUCUUGUCUUUGUUAAUGUGGAAAAUUCCCAAAAUUUAAGCACUUAAGAUUUCAGGACCAAAGUUAAGUUGGUUUUGAUAACAAUCCUUUAGUUACUCUUGCCUGAACUAGUGAAUUAAGUUUGGCAUUAUUGUCAGACUUAAAGUAACAUUGAGUUCAGUGAAUGGGUCAGAGGCUUCCCUCUGUUUUUAAGCCAUAGUCUCCCUGUGUGUAUUACAAGGAAGUAGUAAUUUCAGUGGUUCUUUUAUUCCUGACUUCCUUUUCAUUGGAAGGUCCAUUCCCUUCCCCACACAUCUAAAGGAAAACAACGAAACAAAAAUACACACAGAAACAGAACUUCCAAGCUGUUUAACAUGUGAGCCAAAGCCAAUAACGAUAGAAGGUCUUCUGUAAUUGUUAAUCAUUUUGCAAAAGGGGCUGAAAUGUCACAUUGCCUGUAUUUGCAUUGCUGGACUGUAAACUUUCUGUGGCUGUAAUAUAAUGUGUGUGGGUUUUUAAUUGGGCUGCAUAAUCAGUUUAUUUUGAAAAGGUUCUUUGAGGCCUGAGGAACUGUAUGGUUUUUAACUUGAUGUAAUAUAGGAGACCCUUCUCAUUCUCAAGAAACAUUUUCCAGAACCUUCUGUGAAUAUCUCAGUUUGUUAAGCUACUGUAACAGUAAGGUAUCAGUGAUUAAAACCUUUAAAUGGCCCCUAGAGUUUGACUAAACACCUGGUAACAACAUGGGCAGUUGCAGAAACCACACUUAGAGCUGCCACGUUCUCAUCCCUGAGUAAUUGCCUUAUACACCAGCUCUUUGUUUCUGAGGCCCGGAUUAGAGCCUCGGGAGUGUAGAAUGUAUUACUUUUUAGUGGAGACUGGGGACAGCUGAAAACUCGGGUCUUCAAGUGCCAGGUGUCUACUAUAGCAUCAGUAAGUAUUUAGCAGAACCUAACUCCAUAAUGAAUGGAAUUCAAUUCCACACAUGGUUUGUUCAAGCACACUUAAUAAGUAGUCUACUUUUAAAUGUCUUUUGAAAUGUAAAUACUUGGAUGAAGCGCUUUUUUUUUUUCUUUCAAUAUAGUCAUUUGCAUCAUCAACCUUGGUUUCAGAAUUCAUCUUUUGAACAAGUGGGUUUCAGAAUCUGUUAAAUGAAUUUAAGGAUCAUGUGUAUCAGACAUUACCCAGGCCUUUGAGAAUAACGUGUCAUAAAGCAUGGGUCUCACUCUGGUUGUAUAGCUUCAUCAUUUGAAUCAUGUUCUAUAGUAAGGGACUUUGGGACUGAUACACUGUCCACUGAAGUGUUGCCUGAGGAGUUUGGAAAGGAGAAGUGAGACUUUAUAAAAUAGCCUAAGGGGAGAGAACCAGGUAGAAAUGCGAAGUAGCAGUAACAACAGAAAAUAGAACUUGAUACGUCGGGUGGCUAGUUUAUCAGCCUAGAACUGCUGGAAGGAGAGGCAAGCGGUACAACAUUGAAUAACUGUCAUGCUCAUAUUUUGGAGGUAUAGUAGAUGAUGUUACAUGCAGGAAUACAGAGCGCUCGUCUCGUAGUGCAAAGGUGUUCGCUCAUACUCUUUUUAUAAAGGAAAAUGUGCUUGGUAGUUAGUGCAUUUGAGUCAUGCCUUUUGUUUGUCUUUAGAUGGGGUCUUAUGGCCUUGUUCAGGAUAGUCUUGAAUUCCUACAGUAUGGUGUGAAAUAAUUUUAAUUCAGCUCAGAACAAUAUAUAUGCUCUCAAAAAUAUUGAUAGGCUGGACCCUUGGUUUUUCUUUUGAGUCCCAAGAUUGUAUGUUAGCUUAAAUUGACUAUUUCUAGAUAUAAUUGAAGUACUUACACAGUGUUGGGUUGCAUUUAUAACCAUAGAUCUGUAUUUCUUUAAUAAAUCCUCCCUUACUCAGCUUAGUGAAGAGCAACCUCAUGGUCAAAUUUCUAGUCAGCGGUGUAUGUGUGUGAUGUUAGGUUUCAUGUUAGGUUACACUGAGGUUACGCUGGUCUGUGUUCCAGAGAAAAUGACCUGUACAGAGUACUUCCUAAGAAGGGACAACAGGGCUACGAAUUAUUGUGGAUAGCUAAGCAAUAGUUGCUCUGGGGCAUUAAUUUUGUUGGUAUUUGCAUGCUUUUAUCUCUUUUUCAUUUACACAAAACCUAGCCUUGUGAUUCUACCUGAAGUGUUCUGGUGGUCUUUUCUAGAUGGUAGAAUUGUGUAGAACACACAAGAAUGAAGCUGGGUAUCCUGCCUUUGUAAGGGUGUGGGAAGGGAAGCUUGUUUGUUGAACAUGAGUCAUGAGAUGUGUUCUGUGGGCCCUCUUCUUCAUGACCCCUCACAACAGCUCACUGGGGCAGCCACAUUAUUCUCACUUAGUAUGUAUAAAAAGGGUCAUGGAAUAAGUGACUUGGAGGCUAUGUAUUAAAUAAGGGCUUCCAAGAGAUGUCUUUUUUUAAAAAAAAAAACCUCAGUGUUCUUUCCCUGUACUCCAGACAACAUGGACAUUUUAUAAAACCAAACAUUUGGGCAGCUUACAAAUACUCAAUUUCCAGAAUCCAGCAGCUAGAAAGUGGAGAUAGCCAUGGUGCUGAAUACCUAGCAUGUGUUUGUAACAUGUACACAUUGAACACAUCUGCCACUUAGCUCAUAGCACUGCAGAAGUGCAUCAUUGCACUUUGCUUGUGGUGUGUGUAUAUAAAAUUGAACUGGGGAUUUAACUUUUUUAAUUUAGUUAAUCACAAUACACCAUUUGGCCUUCAUUAAAUCAUAUAUGUGUCUCCCUAGUAAAGAGUUAAUGCUCUUUAAAAUCAUCUGGCAGUGUGUGAUGGUGAGCACCUGUAAUCCCAGUACUGGGAGGCAGAAGUAGAAGGAUCGUGAGAAAGUCCAGCCUGGCCACAUAGCAAGACCUUGUUUUAAGAAAAUGAAAAUGAUGUUUGGAUGGUUUGAAUUUUUUAGCUGAAAUACCCAUAUUUGUGUUAGAGAUGUUAAUAGCUGCUUGUAUUAUGCUGGCAGGUGGGGCCAGGUCUGGGGUUACAAGACUUCCGAUCUACUUUCUAUUCAGUUUGGAUUUUCUUUGGGCACAAUAAGACAUUGCAAAGAAAGUCCAGUGUACCUGAAAAGCCCAAAGGAUAGGUCUUUAGUCUUCAAGACCCAGAGGUAAUUUGUGCCUAUUUUGUUCCUUUGCUUUCCCUUAUACCGACUUCUGUAGGUGCCUGUGACAGUUUGUCCUGCUGUCACUUCUCCCUCUGCUAGAUUAGGAGCCCCAAGACUUGGGUAUUGACAGCCUCUAGCUCCGUUAGGUGGAAACCUGUUACUGCAUAAAGGUUAGCCUAGUCUUAGUGAGUUCUCGGCCAGCCAGAACUACAUAGCGAGACCCUGUCUCAAGAACCAAGGCAGCAUGGACUGGGAACAUAGCUCAGUUGACAAUGGCCUUGCAAGCAUGAGGACUUGGGUUUGAGCUCCUGAAACCAUGAGAAUGCCAGGUAUGGUGGCAUGCGCUGGCCAGCUGUCUCAAAGGUAGAGGACAGCAUUCCUAAGGAUGACACUCAAGGUUGUCCUCUGGCCUCCAUACACCUGCAGUCUGAAGGCAUUUUAGACAAGAGAAUGAGAAAUACUGAAGAAUGGUGUGUGUAGAGUGUAGCACAAGACCGAGUUCAGUUCUUAGCACCAAGAAAUGGAAGUGGUCAAGUUGGGUGUAUCAAGCACUUGCUCCCUGUUCAUUCUCACUCAGUCAUCCGCUGUGUGACUGACAUAACCUCUGGAACUUGACUGGAGGUGUAACGAAUCCUUGAUGAGUAUGUGCUCACCAGUAGGCUCUCCUGUGUUCUAGCGGUAAUCCUCAGGACUGCAGGAACCUUAGGCUUCCCGAGGACCUUGUGGAUUGGACUGUUUUUGUCUCCAGAUGGACUCUUCCUUCCGUACCAUCCUCUCCAUCUCUGACUCUUCUUUGCCUGCUUCUGAAAGCUUCGUCUUGAGUCCUGCAGGUCCUCCUCUUCCACUGUCUGCUUUUCCUCUUGUCAGACUGUCCCUGUGCUGCCGGCCUUGCUGGCCUUCACUAGGCCUGCAGUGUUUCAGGUUCCUUUUGACUUAGCCCUGCCUGGGCAGAGCCUGCUAGUCUAGGAUCUCGUGGCACUCCAUGUGGCCAGAGCCAUCUUCAUUGGCCACCAACCCCAAGUCCCCUUUCCCAUCCAGGGUCAUGCUUCGGCACUAAAGUUUCAUGUUUCGUGUUGUUGAGCUUGUUAGUUCAGCCCUGGGUUCUUUGAUCUCAAGUAUUUCCUUCAGGGCCAGUUAACUGCCUGUGGCCCUCUAGUCUCUCUUCCCACACCAGUAACACAUGCUCUCUUCCGUGGCCCUCUCCGGCUCCUGUGUCACCUUUCAGCAGCACAACUUCCCUUUUAGCCUUAAUGAAUGAGUGACAGCUAACCCUAGCUCUGCUGUGAAUUACUAAUAGAUUUCAGUCCUCUCCACUUCUGAGGUACCUCUGAUUCAAAACAUCACUUUUUCUACUUCCCAGUUUCCUUCAGGAGACCUGGAGCUGCUGUUUGAACUUAGCGCUUGCCAGUUGUGGUUUCCCAGUGUACUUCAAGCAGGUUCAUCUAUUAGGAAGCUUUCCAGUCGGGGGGGUUCUUGGUGGUCAUGUGUCUGAAGGUGUUCUUUGGGUGGCUUUUGUGUCUGUUGAGUGAAAAUGGGGGCAGUGAACUAGUAGUUCUCGUGCAGCUUUGAUAUGCAUUCCUCAUAUGAGUGUCAGGAUGGCUGUGCCGAGUCUGGUGAGCCUAAGGUGAAGGUGCUUAUCUGUGUUGCUUCUGUUUCCAAGGCAUACCCCUUACAGCUGCUUGGGAGAGCAUCGCUGCAGUCUGAAAUCUUUCUCAAGUGCUAGCCUGUCACUGUUGAUCUUCAGAGAUGAGAUGCUCAAACAUACCUAAAAUACUAAACAGAAGAAGAAAGGAAAAAACAGUCCAGGCUUGAUGGCACGUGCCUUUUAUCCCAGCACUUAGGAGGUAGGUAGAGGUAGGUGGAUCUCUUGAGAGUUCAAGGCUAGCCUAGUCUAUGUAAGUGAGAUCCUAUCUAAAAAAAAAAUUUGAUCAUGAUUUUGGCCAGAAUUAUGUUUUUAAAAGUUAACCUAUUCUCUACAUACAAAAAUGUUGCCAUUCCAGAUAACAAAGUAGUGUUGUAGAAUCAAGAGGACUAACAAUGAAUUUCAUAUCAAGCUUUAUGGUGUAGGCUUUUAAUCCCAGCUCUUCGGGAGGCUGAGGCAGAAGGAUUGUGACUUCUAGGCAUGCUUGGGCUGUAGGGUAAAUUUCAAGGCCAGCCUGGGCAACUUAAUGAGACCCUGUCUGAAAAGGAGCUCAGCGGUAGAGAGCUUGUUCAGUAUGUGUGAGGCCCUGGGUUCCAUCUUCAGCACUACACACGCUCAUGCAUACACACACACACACACACACACACACACACACACACACACACACACACUUCACGUGUGCUGCUGGCCUGUUGACUUUGCAGAUCAUGGUCGUAAAAGAUACAUGAGGGUUCAAAGACCUACCCUCCUCUCAUUCCCACUCACACUAAGAGUGGGUUUCCAGUUAAUCACACACCCCACGAACCAGCCAGUUAAGCAUUGUCAUCUGGACACCCGAUGAGGCAGCAGCACCAGGUGUGCCCCCCAGCUCAGCUCUGCGCUGUCACAUUGUAUGUUCCUCACAGAAAGGUCACUUGACUGGAAGCUGCAAACUUGGAGAGUGUGGCUGUAUAACUAAUGUUUUCAGUCUUCUGUGAAAGAAAAACAUGCUCUGAAGAAUUAGAAAAAAACAAGGACUAUAAGAACUAGUAUUUUUAUGUUUUCUUCUAAAUGCUUGGAACAGUAUUAAAUUUCAGAUUAACCUUUAAAUGCUAAAUCUAGGGAGAGACAUACCAAAAUGCUGAUGCAGUCUUUGUGCUAGGGUGGUGAAUUUUUUUCCUUUUCAAAAUGUUUGUAAAGUGCUUAUAUUUUAUAAUGAAAGCAAUAAAUACGAAUGUUGACUUUA